AUGGAUAUAGUGAAUCCAAAUUCGAAGAAAGCCAGGCGUCUUGAGUCUAAGAAACGGAAAGCAGCAGCUUUUCUUGCUUUGCUAGACGACCGCAAAGAGACACACACUGCCUCCAAUUCCAGUGUAAUUAUUUUACACCUGUCGCAACCAGAUGGUGAAAUGCUCAGUGAAGAUGUUCUUAUGGAGAUGAAAAGGAUUGUUAGGGAACGUAAAAAGCAAGCCAUGACAAAGCCCAAAGUGUUUUUGACUCUAGAAGCAAUGAUACCAUUUCGCGUUGAACCUGGCCAGGAGGUGAAUGAAGAUGACAUCCCACCUCUGUAUGUUAUGGAUUUGCAGCAGUUGUUGCUGUAUGGGCUGCAGGGCAACAUGGCUAGCUACAAGCCCAGAUGGUGUAAAUUGCUGAGAGUGGGCAAGAUCUCAUCAGUUGUACUUCUGAUGCUAGAAGGAGUAAGCUACAAUGAUUAUCUAGCAAACAAAGGCAACUUUCCCUUUAUAUCCCAGACAUUUACAAGUUACACAGAGAUGGUUUGUCCAAGACAGUACAUGCAGACACUUGAUGGUGAACUGUACAGUGUGCCACUCAGUGUUUCUCAACUGAAGAAAGUGAAUAUCAGAGUCCCGAAGGCCAUCAGGGAUUCAGUUGUUGCCAAGAUAGCACAGCCGGUGGGCAAAGCUGGCUCGGAGAGGUUUUCACGCACAUGUUUGCUUCUGAGCACCUAUCAGAUGAUGCUGGAAGGGUACCCUUUGCCCGUGCAAACAAAUAUUGGCAGAUAUCGGGAUUUUGUGUUCACCAAAGAGAAAUAUGCCAAAGUGACAGCAGAUAGCCCGCUGUAUGCACUGGAUUGUGAAAUGUGCACAACGACAGCCAGAAAGAAUGAAUUAACAAGAGUGUCCGUUGUCUCAGAGACUGGGAAGGUACUCUAUGAUACUCUGGUGAAGCCAGCAAACAGAAUCAUCAAUUAUCUGACUAGGUACAGUGGUAUCACAAAGCAGAUGCUUGACCCUGUCACUACAACCAUUGAGGAUGUACAGAGAGAUAUCAGAAGUCUGCUGCCCCCUGAUGCCAUACUGUGUGGGCAGUCACUGAAUGGAGAUCUCAUAGCAUUGAAGAUGUUUCAUCCAUAUGUGAUAGACACAAGUGUUAUUUUCAACAUGUCAGGAAAUCGUUAUGUGAAAGCUGGGUUGAGAAAACUGACACAAUUUUUCCUAGGACGAACUAUUCAGAACAGCAAAAGUGGUCACAACUCAGCAGAAGAUGCCACAGCAACUUUAGAUUUAGUCAAAUUAAAACUCACCAAAGGUCUUGAAUUUGGGGAUGCCACAUUAAGUGGUGUGUAUUUUCCAGACAUUCACACGUACUUUAUGGCUGGUGAAAAUAAUACUUCCGGGGUCGUUCAGAAUGUUGAGCGAGAUGCUUCAGAAGACACAAAACAUAAAGUGAAGACAUCAGAGUCUCCACCAGAGUCAGAUAGUGCCUUGGAUUCAAGUAACACUGGCAAGGGUAGUGAAAGCUUACCAUCAUCUGUUUCUGGUGAAAGCCGUCAAACUGCUGCAUCUGCUCACAGCACAACAGAACCAAAUAGCACCAGCCUGACCCAAGAUCAGAACAAUUCUUUAUCGACAUCAUCAUCGUCGUCAGAUUCUGAAGGUGAUGACUGUAACGGGGAAGUAAACGAUCCUGGUGAUGAGACAGAGACACCGCUUAGAAAAAAGCGGAAAAUGACAGAACCGGGGAAUUCCACGUCAGAUUCUCCCGAUGCUGACAAUUCAGAAAAAGACCAACCUGGCACAGAAGCUUCCCAAAGCAACACUGUAACAAAGUGUAAAGACUUCUUGUUCACAUCCACGGCCGAUUUGGUUGAGCAGCAGAAACAGUGCCUGUUUAGUCAGGACAAUAGUGUUCAUGUCUCCCACAGCUUUUUCCGGCUGGUGUACGACGCUGGAAGGUCAGCAUGUAUGAUAGACCGGCAAGAAGUUAUAGACAAAUAUGUCAAAGAACCUGUAGAGCAGAUUGUGGUGACCAGUGAUACCGAGGCCAGGAAGACAGCCAAGGCAAUGGUGCAGUCCAAGGAAUUUGUUUGGGCUCAUUUCUACGAAUACUCCGAUGAAAUGGAGCAUGCAACACAAGAAAGAAAACAGAAACUAAUGCGAAAAUUGGACAGCCGUGUUCGCAGCAUCAUGAAACGAAUGAAACCAAACACACUAGUUGCUGUGGUGAUGACAGGAAGGGACAGCGAUGAAGUGCCUCAGAACAUGGCCGCGUUUGUCACCAUAACGUAA